ACAAGACCCCGAUGGUGAUGAAGCCCAUGCACAAGCACAAGUCCCCGAUGGUGAUGAGGCCCCUGCACAAGCACAAGUCCUCGAUGGUGAUGAGGCCCAUGCACAAGCACAAGUCCCCGAUGGUGAUGAGGUCCUUGACCCUGCACAAGUCCCCGACAAGCACAAGACCCCGAUGAUGAUGAGGAUGAGGCCCCUGCACAUGCACAUGCACAAGACCCUGAUGGUGAUGUGGCCCCUGCACAAGCACAAGGUCCCUGAUGGUGAUGUGGCCCCUGCACAAGCACAAGUCCCUGAUGGUGAUGUGGCCCCUACACAAGCACAAGUCCCUGAUGGUGAUGUGGCCCCUGCACAAGCACAAGCACAAGACCCCGAUGGUGAUGUGGCCCCUGCACAAGCACAAGACCCCGAUGGUGAUGAGGCCCCUGCACAAGCACAAGACCCCGAUGGUGAUGAGGCCCCUGCACAUGCAAGACCCCGAUGGUGAUGAGGCCCCUGCACAUGCGCAAGACCCCGAUGGUGAUGAGGCCCCUGCACAAGCACAAGACCCCGAUGAUGAUGAGGAUGAGGCCCCUGCACAUGCACAAGACCCCGAUGAUGAUGAGGAUGAGGCCCCUGCACAUGCACAAGACCCGCCCCUGCACAUGCACAAGACCCUGAUGGUGAUGAGGCCCCUGCACAAGCACAAGUCCCUGAUGGUGAUGUGGCCCCUGCACAAUGGUGAUGUGGCCCCUGCACAAGCACAAGUCCCUGAUGGUGAUGUGGCUCCUGCACCACCAGCUGGAAUACACAUAAUCCAGAAUCGUUUUACAUGUCUAUUUUGUCGUAGCCAAAAUAUGAAUUACUUUGAGAGAAUGACAAGUGGAUGUGAAAUCAAGGCGAAAUACAUUUGCGGCGACUGUGGAAGGAAUUGGAAGGAGGAGGAUGAGUGAUCCUAUCUCCCUCGAACCUAUAAAAAAUACAUAUAUUAUUUCUUUCUUUUUAGUGCACGUACAUACUCUUUUUGUUAGCUGUUAUGACUUUGUGUUUUGAUAUCAGUUGAAUAAUAACUGUUUGUACUGAGUAAAACAAGUUUACUUUGAAUCUUAUUUUUAUUUAUAUA